CCAACGUAGCGUUUCGCGCGGUGUCACGGACGCCUCUCGGCGAUUUCAACGAGCGGCUCGUGCGUUCAGCGGAUCACGAGCAACCACGUGUCUCGCUGUACCCUGCGUUUCCGCGGAUUUCUUUCUUUCGCGAGCCACGCUUGAUUCGAUUCGAUUCGCGAUCGUUCUCCUCUUGAUCCCGCGUUUUCGAGGUAUCCGACUUUUAGAACAGAAAGAUCGCUGGGCCACCGAAAGUGAAAGCGAAGGGAAGAGAUUUUUGUUUCGGUGCAUGUGUCCGCGCUUCCGCUGAAUCUGCCCGGCGCAUGUACGUUAACACUGGGAGUGGAUCAUUGAGUCAGGCUGAUCUCACACAACAGAAGCAGCACCGGAGGAAGGAGAAGGAAAGAAAGACCACAUUAAUCAUGUUCAAAUGAUCGUGGUCCACGCGUGCCAGAAAAAUAAGAAUAAUUUUCGUUCCGAAUAAUCAACGAAUACUUCGAACAUCGAUCAUGUUUCCAUAUUUCAGAAGACGGAAAAGAGUCUUGAAAUUUUCAAUGUAGUGUGCUCGAAAAGGACAUUUAUACAAAACCAAAUAACGAAAGUGGUAAUAUAUUGCGUGAAUGCAGCCAAAAUUAGAUCAGUUAAACGUUUACUACACGAAUAAUUAAUAUUUCGAGUUAACCCCUUGCCCUAUGACUUAUUCUUCAACUACAAUCAAUGAUCAACGUCAUACCUGAUAUAGUCAAAGAUCCUGAAGAAGAAUCUAAGUUCUCUGCCAAGGGAACUAAUUUUCGUUCUGCUAAGUGUAAAAAUGUCGCUGGUCAACUUUACCUUGCCGUAUCAGUCGGCAACGCCCACUCCGUUCUUUUACGGUGGCCAAACCGGAGGACAUUCGUCAGUAAACAACCUUCGUUUGAAUGCGGUACUUCCGCCUGCACCCGCUCCAAAUUUCAAUGACCGAGAACCUUUCCAAAAUGAACCGUACAUACCGCCCGCUGGUUACCAGCAACAAAAACAACAUCAAACGGCCUUCAAUCGGCAAACAACUUCAAAUUCGUACAUCGAGCACUCGUCCUUUUCCUCGACGCAAGACACCAGAUACGAUAAUUACAACCAAGAUUUCAGAAGGACUCAGCCGAGGCAGCAACAACAGAGACCUGCGCCACCGAUUUCUCAACAACAACGAUCCCAAGUUGACAGGGACCAAAGCAAUCAUAGAACAUCCAGAAUGCCUGAGGAUGACAGUUAUCCCGAGAGACCGAAUGGGUACACGAGGGUUAGCGGUGAAGGUGGUCCAGGUACCAAAACAUCGGUCCACGCUGUUCUGGAUUAUGACGACGACUUCGAGGACUACUACGACGACGACGAUCAAGACAUACCGAAAGACGCUCAUGUCACGCCCAUCCAAGGCCCAAUUUUUUUGAAAAAUGGUUCAGUUCCCGUAGUGCCAUUAUACUCUUACCCUCAACUGAACAAUGGUACAUUCGUGCAAAUACCGAUACUUUGGACUGCACUUUCAGUCGCUUUAGGUGUCGAAUUAAGGGGCGACUUAAUACGUGGCGUGCCAUGUAUUAAAAAAUUUCAUCAACUCUUCUGUCCAACUGCCGGAAACGCAUAUCCAAUAGAGCGGAUAGAACGUUUUAUUGACGAAAAUAAAGCGUUAAUGAGGAGAAUGUACGGCGAUUUUGAAAUGAGUUCGGGAUACGGUGCGGCUACGAAGGAACCGGGCCAUCGGACACGUAGAAGAAGAAAAAGCAGAGAAGCUAGAAAACACGACCUCCCAGAUGGUGGACCUAGUUUUCGAGACUCAUUAGAUCCGGAUAUCGAGACGAAUGGUGGUGACUCAUUCUUCGCUCAUAUCAGAAAAACCAGAAAUCCCAGGCAAUCACCUGGGAAGAAUCAAAACAAUGAGAGUGGAAGAGUCGACGCAUGCGAAUCUAAAGUCGAAAUUGUAACGCCAUAUUGGGCUAGUAACAGUGCUGGAAAAAUUCGUGCUAUCGUAAAUACACAACACUUCGAACAGGCAAUUCAUCAAGAAGUUUGCUCAAAAACACAAACAAAUCGUUGCACCGGCGACUGUGGCUGCGAGCAGAAAUACAAAUGGCACAGAUUACUCGCGUACGAUCCUGAUAAUGAUUGCAAAGGAAUCUUCAUGGAUUGGUUCCUCUUUCCUUCUUGCUGUGUUUGCAGAUGCGAUCCGGUCGCUAACAAAUUUUCCACCUCGAAUACCCGAAAUUGAAAUGAUUUCUCAGGAGCGAGUGUUUCCUGGGUUGCCAUGGUUGUAUUUGAAAUUCAGUCGCAGUCACGACAGGAACUGCAGUGCCACACACGGAUUGAAACUUCCGUCGAAUCGUGAGACAGUUUUGUAUUUCCGCUCAAGUAGUGUUCGUGUGAGAACGGAUUGAAUUUUACUUAAAAUUCUCUUACUCUCUCGAUUCACACAAUACGUUAUCAUAAUAUGCUGUACAAUUUCUCUUUUCUUCUAAUUAAGAUCCUUUACUACAUGUUUUAUUUAAGCGUCCAUUUUACUGUCUACAAUUUUAUUUCUAGUUAUUUAUAGAUUAUGUCGCUUAACGGUAUUAAGAGGAUCGCUUACUUUUUCCGCAAUAAUUAAAAGUGUUCCUCUGAUACAUUAGAAAAUAAGAAAAUUGCUUAGAAACCUAAAUGAUUUUUUACAUAAUAUAAUUAUAUAAGUCAGAUGCAACAUUAGAACAAAUAUCCUUAGCGCAGCACUAGGUUAUGUAACAGACUUAAAUAUCGUAAGCGCCAAAUGUUACCUUAUAGUUAGAGUUGGGAAAUCAGCUCGUUUUAUUAUUAUGUUACGAAUCGUAUCUAACAUUAUUAAAUAUUCUUUACAACCCAUUAUAUGGUUUGAAGUUAUUUUGUUUUCGUUUAAACCUCACUUGCGAAUUCCCUGUAACGUUGUUUCAAUGCCGAAGAAGAUUAAACGUUGAACUUGAACGUAAAGGACGUUGCUCUUGAUCGUCAAAGUUUAAUGGAUCCUGGCGAGAACAAUGCUAUAUAAGAACAGAAUGUCACAGAACAGACUUUACAGGAAAGAAAUUGAAUGCGAAAGAACUAAUGUACACUCAGAGGCAGAAAUUAUUCUUUAUCGUAUUUAUCGCUCACAUUUAUACAUAAAUUAAUAUACCAGAAUAUUUAAAAUUUGAAUAAUAUUAAAAAACAAACAUAUGAAAAGUUGGUCUUACUUUUGCUGUCUGAUAAUUUUUCAUGGUUUUUAAAUUAUUGAUACGUUCAAUUUUGCAUAUUGUAACUUACAUAAAAGUGCGUUCGGAGAUGUAUGAUAAUAUCUCCUUGAAGUGACCCUUAACAAUCUUUAAAAUUAAAAUGGAAUAUUAUUCCAUUAAGAUUACAGGGAUUUCCUUUUGGUCUUGUUUCAUUUAUUACGUUUCAUAAUUAUGAAACAAGGAGACCGAAACCAGUCAUUUUGACUAGUACGGUAGUUCUAGUGUUAAGUGAAGUAGUUUGUAUUGGAUUUAAACUGUAUUCUAUCGUCUCUAUUUAAUUACUUCGUUCCUUCACUUUUAUCGAUGAGUGUACGCACUUGGCGCCCUCGAAUAAAUUCAAUGUAGCACCUAAAUCUUUGCAGAACAAGGCGUCGAACGAUUCGAAUGCCAGAAAACAGGAAAAACUCGUUCCACGGCAUUUUCGGUGUAUGUUUUCCUUCGUGUAAGUGACACAAUUAAUUUCGAGAGAAAAGAGGCUUCUUCGGCGCGCAACCUUCGCGUUUCGUCCUCCGUACUUACUCAUUGUUUUUACUUAAUUUACUCUCUCAAUUUACGUAGAUACACGAACGACCGUACUUCUGCCCGGAUGGAAUGCACAUUCGCGUGUCCAUUAAGGCAACAGAAGAAAAAUAUAUUUUUAAUCAAUUAGCUGUUUUUGAUGAGUAUACUUGUCCAAAAACAGCUAACCGGUUAACUCCUUGCCCUGUGGUUUAUCUCUCAAUUAUGAUUGAUACAAUUACUUUAUCAUUAAUAAUUUAUUGAGAAAGAAGAAAAAUUCUAGGUACAUUCUAUGUACAUUGUUUGUUCCAAAGUAUAAUAAUUGAUAACGGAAGAAUAAUAUUUAAUUCGAAUUGAAAAGAAUUAAGCAAUAUUUGUGCUUGUUAAAUUCUGUUUAAAAUAUUCACUACGAGUCUAACACGUUGUUAUAAGGCAAGGGGUUAAAAGUAUAUUCAUUAUGAGAAUGAAAAAAUUAUUUGUAGAUUUGAGCAUGUAUAAGAAUAAGGUACACACUUUUCAGAAGUUAUAGUAGCUAACUGGUUAAUUGCGCAUACCGAAAUGUUAACCAUUGUGUAUCGGAAACAAGAAAUCUGGUUUUUAUAUAAAUACCUACUUUUGUAAUUUUGCUAACUACCGCACCAUUUAAAAAAAAUAUUAAAUUUUGUUAGAACUUGUUAUUUACUUGAAAUUUGUUAAAUAACAAUAAGAUAUUUGAAUAUUUUGCACAUGGUGAUAGAAGUUGAUCUCAUUGAAAAUCCCCGGGCAGUUUUCUAAGAAUUAAUCGGUACACAAUGUGUUAAACAAGGUAAUCCUUUAUUUGUGCCCGAUUCGAUGAUUUCGUUUGAAACACGUUUAGUUUUAAUUUCAAGAUUAAUUUUCCAUCGGCCUAAUGUACUUAUUAGCUGAAAGUUUUCGUCGUUUUUUCUUUUCAAUGUAGUGUUUGUAUUAUGGCAUGUAAAUUAAUCUUACGAAUAGAAGUACUGGAAAAUGAUAAACAAUUGUAUAGAAAAUGAGGAACAUAUAGUUUAGUAAAGUAAAGUUUAUUUCUGAAUUUUCUUGAAAAAUACGACAAAACUUUUUGGUCAAUCUAAUAAGUGUAUUAAAUUUUAUACAACAGUGUGCUCGCACCUAAAUUGUAUGUAUUUAUUCAUUAAGAUAAAUGAAGUAAAGAUUAUACGAGAUGCUAUUUAGAAACAUGUAUAAGAUGUA